AUGGCACCCAGUGAAAACCAGCAGUACACAGGAAUUAUUCUUCUGCUUCAGCAUUUUGGGUGGACCUGGGUUGGGCUCUUUGCUGUGGAUGAUGACAGUGGAGACCAUUUCUUGCAUAUCAUAGAGCCCCUGUUUUCUCAGAAUAAAAUUUGUUCAGCUUUCAUUCAAAGAAUCCCAAACCAGGGGGAUUUCCUUUCCUUUGAUGAAUUUGUUGAUAUGGGAUGGAGUAUUAACGUGCCUUUCAUGGAGAGCAAAGCCAAAGCAUUUGUCACUUAUGGUGAAACUAUGACCUUCAUGUGGUUGACCACCAUUGUAGCUUUUUUAAUCCCCGACUUGGGGAAAAACACAUCUGCUGGAAGAGUGUGGAUUAUGACAGCUCAGAUAGAUUUUUCUGUAACAUUCAUUUUAAGGAGAUGGAACUUUCAAAUAUUCGAUGGCACAAUAUCCUUUGCAAUUCACUCGAAUGAGCCUCGUGGAUUCCGCACAUAUAUCCAGAACAAAAAAACUCAUCCUCCCAAAGAAGAUGGAUUUUUCAAGGUUUUUUGGGAGCAGGCAUUUGAAUGUUCUUUCCCAAAUCCCAGGUUGCCAGCAAAGUUGAGCAUAACAUGUACUGGAGAAGAGAGACUGGAGAGCCUUCCCAGGUCUGUGUUUGAAAUGAGCAUGACUGGCCACAGCUACAAUGUCUAUAAUGCUGUCUAUGCCAUAGCUUAUGCGCUGCAUGCCAUGGAAUCCUCUUGGAUCAAAUACAGAGCAGUGAUGGGGUUUGCAAGGCUUGACCUUCACAGUGUUCAACCUUGGCAGCUCCACCCAUUUCUUCAAGGCAUUUCAUUUAACAACUCAGCUGGAGAAAAUGUGUCUUUAAAUGAUUGUGGAGAAUUAAUAGCCAGCUUUGAUAUCAUGAGCAUGGACCUAUUCCCAAACAAUUCCUUCCUUAAAAUGAAAGUUGGAAUGGUGAAUCUGAAUGCUGGUGAAGGGAAACAGUUCAUCAUUAAUGACAAAUUCAUUGUGUGGCACAGGAGCUUUAAUCAGGUGGUGCCUAUUUCUGUAUGCAGUGAUUCCUGCCCUCCUGGUUAUCAGAAGAAAAAGAGAGAAGGGGAGAAGUUUUGCUGCUAUGAUUGUGCUCCCUGCCCAGAAGGGAAAAUAUCGGACCAAAAAGACAUGGAUGAAUGCUUUAAAUGCCCAGAUGAGCAGUAUCCAAGCCAGAGUAGAGACAGAUGCAUCUCCAAAGUUAUGACAUAUCUAUCUUAUGAAGAAUAUUUGGGGAUCAGUUUUAGUUUGGUUUCUGUUUCUCUUUCAUUCAUCACAGCUUUCGUGCUGCGAAUUUUCAUCAAGAACAGAGAUACCCCUAUAGUCAAAGCCAACAAUCGGGACAUCAGCUACAUUCUCCUUGUCUCCCUCCUCCUCUGCUUCCUCUGUUCUUUGCUGUUUCUUGGAAGACCUACAAAGGUGACCUGCAUUCUCCGUCAAACUACUUUUGGCAUUGUCUUCUCUGUAGCUGUUUCUUGUUUGCUGGCCAAAACCGUCACGGUAGUUGUCGCCUUCAUGGCCACAAAGCCAGGGUCAAGCAUGAGGAAAUUGGUGGGCAAAAAACUGACCAACUCCAUUGUCUUUUCCUGUUCUCUUAUUCAAGUAGGAAUCUGUGUAGUGUGGCUGGCAACCUCUCCUCCAUUCCCAGAUUUGGACCUGCAAUCCCAGGCUACAGAGAUCAUAGUUGAAUGCAAUGAAGGUUCUGUCCUCAUGUUUUAUCUUGUCCUGGGCUACAUGGGCCUUCUAGCCAUCAUCAGCUUCAAUGUGGCUUUCCUGGCCAGGAAGUUGCCGGACACUUUCAACGAGGCCAAAUUUAUCACCUUCAGCAUGUUGCUCUUUUGCAGUGUUUGGCUGUCCUUUGUCCCUACCUACCUGAGCACCAAGGGGAAAUAUAUGGUAGCAGUAGAGAUCUUCUCUAUCUUAGCCUCUAGUGCCGGGCUCUUGGGUUGUAUCUUUGGACCUAAAUGUUACAUUAUUCUGCUGAAGCCUAAUUUGAACAUUAAGGAACAACAGAUAAAGAAAAAUUAUUAA